AUGGCCUCCGUUUCGGUGAAGCUUCUGUUUCUUGUCUCAGCUUUGCGUCUACUGGAAGGUGCCUCUGCCCAAGGUAGGUCUGAGGGGCAAUGUCGUUUUGAGAACAGCAUGUAAGAGCAACUAACGACACUUAAACAAGGCAUAUUUUGUCAAUCUUUACUAAUGAUAAGUCAGUAUGUCAGCCAGUCAGUCGGUCAGCCAUUCACUCAGUCAUUCAGUUAAUCAGUCAAUCAGGCAGGUCGUCCGUUAGCAGUCAGUCACUCAGUCAGUCGGUAAGUCAGUCAGUUAUUCAGUUAGUCUGUCAUUCAGCAGCCAACCAGCCACUCAGUCAGUCUUUCAGUCGGCCAGUCAGUCAGUCGACCCAAGUCGUCUCCUUUGUCAUUUGUAAGCGAACUGUCUCAGGCGACUAUUAUGGCAUCCCGGCCAACGGGCCGAUGGGAUGGAGAGAGGAUCUCCCCUUUUCCCUUCUGUCCAUCGCCUCCGCGCGCAUCUUCCACGCGCUUCCUUCAUAUUAUAAGAGACAAAAGGUCGGAGGGGGCGGGGGAGGGGACACUAAACAUGCAUUGUAAUGACACUUUGGGCCGAUUUUUGUUUCAAUAAUGAAAAUCUUGCAGAGUUUUACGAAGAUGAGCCAACCCUUGAGCAGUACAGCCCGCUGUUGGGAGAAAAUUUUAUCACUUACCCUAUGUUAGAGGAAUAUGGUGUCCCAACCGUGGAAGAAUUUCCCGAGGAAGAUCCAGAUGAAGAAGAUGAGGAUGACGAAAAGGAAGAAGAUUCUUUGGAAGCAGAACAUAAAGACAAGAAGAACGGCGUAACUCGCGCAGGUGGGAGAGAGAACUCAGCGUUUGCUUUGUUGUUUAAAACGGAGAUGGGAGAGCUCCUUUGCCCACACAUGGAUUCAGAUGAGUGCAACCCAUGAAUCUAGUUUUGAACCAAGUAGAUUUCACGGUUUAGAUGAUUUCAAAGGCUUCAUCUUUAGGGAGAUGACGCGAUAGAUAGUGUGGUUUUAAGUGAAGAAGAAACUUAAACUUGCCUGGCGUCAUCACAGUUUAAUACCAAAUGUCAACAGAUGCCUAUAGUGGUGAUCAAACAACAAAGGGGGCAUCUGUACCAAGUGCUUGCUAGGUAAAGGUCUUCCACUGUGAGGUUUAACCGAGCUACAUAUCCUUUGUGCCUUGUGCCUAAGCCCUAUACGCACAAGGAAACAUGAGAACUUUUUUUGGUUUGCGCAAAAAGCCAUGGCGGGGGUCAAAUGGUCAAAAUGCAACAGGUCAAAGGGUAAAAGUGUGUUGCGCGCUUCCAUAAUUCUUUCCCAAGCAUGCUGUGAGCAUAGCCUCGAGCAGGGAGCUACAGCUUUGUUUUGAACUAAAUCAUUUUGCUACAAAAAAGUUUGUUACAUAUGUUUUAGUCUUACCUGGCUAGUUUGGGAGUCAGGUUUAAAAAUUAUGGUUUCAAUAAGUUUCAUAAGAUAUCCCUCUCAAACGUUUGCCAUAGUGUAAGAGUGGUCACUAAAGCAACUUCUUGCUAUCUUUAAUUUCUUGCAGACAACAAGCAUGCACAAAAGAUCCUCUCUACAUCGAAUUUUCAAAGCGACGCACGCAAAAAGCGGCAGCUCCCUCUUCAAGGUAUCACAAUGAAAUCUGUUGAACAUUUUCCGGACUCGCUCUUUAAAUAAAUAGGUGAUGUAGAAAGCUAGAAACAUAUUAAGUUUCUUGGUGAGCGAGUCAUCCCAUUAGUCACAUAGAGCGUUUUCACUCACGUGGCCAGUUUAUUGAACCAAAGAAAACUUUUACAUAAGAAGAGAGUUCAACCCCCCCACGGGAUUUGUUUGGUACACCAACAUGGCCGCCGUUUCAUUAUUUUGGAACACCAAUAUGGCUCCCUUGGCAUGUGAAAACGGUUUAUAGUUGUUGCAAAAUACAGUGCAUUUUAUUUAUAAGCCGACUUGUCCCUAAAGUGUUAAGUUUUUUACUAAAUAAACCUGUUUAAGUAAAAAAGCGGAUGUAGUGUUUCACCAUUGUAAAUCUCUUUUGCUGUUUUUUAAUUCACUGUUUGUAGACGACCCAGUUGAAAUUGCCCGUGAAAAGCUCCAACGUGCGGUUAAAGCUGCAAAGGCACUGAGUGGCAUAGAAAAGGAACUUGGAUUAGAGCCCUCAACAAUCGAGAACAAAACUGCAAAACUAGAAACCGAACUACACAGCGAAGAGAAAAAUUUCAAGAAAUUGGCCGAUGAAGCACAAGACCCAGCUAAGAGGGCUAAAUUCAAUAAAUUUGAAAAAGACGCCGACGAAGAUGUCAAAAAGGCAGAAAAUAUUUUGAAACUUAUUGUCAAGCUUGAAGCAGCUAAGUAUUUAGCAAAGGAGCGCGCUCAAGAAGAUUUCGAAAAAGCGGAAAAACGUAAAAUGGCUUCUAUGCCUCAAGCAGUCCUCGGACAACCCCUAUCCUACCCACCUCAAGUUGCGGGUUACUUAGGAGGAAUUCAACAGCCUGUUUAUCAACCAGCAAUGCAGUCAUACACGGCAAGUUAUCAACCACAAAUGUUUCAAGGGACGAGCCCCAAUAUGGCUUCUGCACCUAACAGCAUGUUGUCGCCUGCUAGCUUAACCGUUCCAUCUAAAACGGCGCCUGUUUAUCAGCCUACAUACCCAGAUAAUGCGGACGUACAGAAAAUCAAUUCAAGUAUGUUUCUAUACAUUAAAAUUAUAUCAUUUACGGCACUGCUGUGUAGUUUUAUCGGAUUAAUUAGAAAUGCUCGAAAAAGACAAAUUUCAAGAAUUUUGUUCCUGAAUCAUUCCAAAAUGAGGCCAAGGCGAACGAAAAAACAGGCCGAAAGAUUUGAAGAAAAUGCGAAUCUUUUUACUAGAAAAGGCGCUCGAGAAUGCUUGCUCUAAUCUGCUAUCUUGAAAAUAAAAAGCGCCGCGCAUCUGUUGUAAGAAACUUAAGACGUUACCCUUGGCAUCUCUCAUGUAACAUUGUUGAGCCGAAGUUUGAUGGGUUCUAAGAAAUAAGAAAAUUUUUAUUCAUGUGGUACAAAUUGGCGUCGACCGUAGACGUGAUUCUAAAUCUAUAAGGUGUCAACUUAUCCAUCUUUUUCUUUUCUGAGCGGUACCUGUGUUUGUGUCCUUGUUUGGUCUCACUUCUCAAAACACAAAAAAAUACAGUGUAUUACUUGUCUUAUCCUUCAAAUUUUAAUAUAUUUCUUCUCCAGUUGAACAAACAGAAGCGACUGCUUCAGUGCUUCCAGCACAAACCAACCCUCAACAGACAGUUGGAUCAAUAGCACCAGUGUCAACUAAGGUCGCUAGCUACUCCUCCGAAAAAGGAAAUACCAACAACAAAAAUUUGGAGGUUAAUGACCUGCCAAGUCCGUCGGCCCCUAAUGAGUUUCUAGCAAUCCAACCCCCAAACACACCCACUACACAGUCUAGUGCGCAUGCUCCAUCUAGUAACGAACUCAAAGAAUCACAACCGCAUACUAAACCACAAAAGACAAACGAAGGAGCAGCAUCGGAAAUGGUACCCUCGUCAGUAAGUCAAGCUCCUGAACCUGCUAAACCAGCUUUGCCUGUUCGACCUGUCGCACCAGUUCAGCCGGUCGCACCUCCCACGCAUACGGUCGCAUCACUUUUUGGGCAAUCAAACGGUCUCAUGUCACAGUCAGCGCCAUUGACUGCAUCAUACAACCCGAGUAUCUCAGCACCAAACACAGGUCCAGUGUCAAGAUAUUUCUAUUCCUCCUCUAAUUCAAAAGGUCUGUUUGCACCUCAGUCCUUUUAUCAACCGUUUCCGCAAACACCACCCCAGGCCGCUGCUUUUCCAACGACGCCCAAGAAACUGGACGACAAUCUGGGACCGUCAGAUGCAAAACCCGAGGUGGCUCCUAUUUCUGUUCCUUACAAUGUAAGUAUAUAAGACUAAACAAACCUUCAAUCCGUUGUUAACAGACAAUUUGCUUGAAGGAAAGGAAACAAAACAUAGUUAACGACACACACUUCCAGGUUGUAGUGAAUAAUCGAAGGUAGAUGCAUUCUUGCUCUAAGUACAAUCCUUUCCGUCAUUGAGGCAGUCUGGAGUGCAUGGGUGGCGCUAAAAGCCACAGCGGGCGGUCUGUAAUCAUAUAAGUGAUUAACAAAAAAGGACGACCACGUAGAGGGAGGCCGAUUUAUGUAAUCACGAGUAUGAUUUCAGACCGAAUUGUACGACACGAAGUUCUGUUACCAAUUCAUCACAACUAUAUUAAAAUAUGUGAUAUUUUAGGCUUUUUAAAACUUAAAACAAAAGAAAUUCCUAGAGUCUUUUUGCAAGCAGUGAAAAAAGCCAUUUGAGUGCCCACGUGCGAUGGCGCGUAGUGUCCUAUUAUUGCUGAAAUCAGGAGAGUUGAUAACCAAUCAGAUUUGAGAAUUUUGCUAUAGUUAUGACUUUUCCCCAAAUCGGUGGUAAAUAUUUUGCUAGGUACACUGAAACCACUGGAUUUCUAGGCGUAGUUCUUGGGACUGAACUGGAAUUAGCUUGCAUUUGUGCCAACUUGGAGUAAUAUAACCAGAAACACUUGCAUCCUCCACCAUAGUCUCAAUGGCAAACUGCAAAAUAUUCAGUUUUCCACGAAAAAGUACGAUACCCCUCCUGUUAAUUACUUUAUGUAUGAUACUUUUGGUACGAAAUUCUUGACAAUCUUUAAAAAGCAGAUGCAAAAUAUAAAAGUACAUAAAACAAGUGGAUAAGUAUUCACCUCCAAGUACCAUGUUGGUGUAUUCUGCCCUCACCUUGAAAAGAAAGUGUAUCUUUUUUUUGCUCAGACUCCUCACUGAGCUUUGUGCAUACAAAUUAAGAAUUUAUUUAAUUCAGCCAUGUGCCCGUUAAAAGUAACAAAUUUUCUCCAGCAUUUUCUACCUUCAUUAAAGUUUAAUAGUUGUUAAUUUUUGAGUUGUUUGAUUACCCAAUCAAAGCAAAUGAGAACAAUAUUCCACUAUUUGGAAUGGAUCAAUAAAGGUUUCAUUCUUAUUUUUCUUAGGGUCGUCUACAGACUCCGUUAACGCCCAGUUCUACAAGCUUUGAAACUUCUCGUCCUUUUGCUUACGCUGGUCAGCAGGAGCUGCCAGGAGCUUAUCCUACCGCGCCAUUUUACCCGUGGAAUAUUCAGGCUUUCCCUUCAAGCAACCCACAGGACAACUGGAAUACGCCGUCUUAUUUCCCUGCAUCAGCUCCAUAUCAAGCUCCAGGUGCAGAACACGGCAAACAUUUUUUUGUUUGUGCAAAAUCAUUUUGAUUCUAGAGAAUUUCUAUUCUUAUCUGUGGUUGCCGCUCUUAAGUAGAAGUAGCACCCUCGUUGGGUGGAGGGAUACUUAUUCGUAUGUUCUUAAACAUCUACACAAGGGUUCCUUUAAGUUUUUAAUCAACGCAGUUCCUAACCUUGAUAGAGCAUUUUAAGCUCCGUUCCCAAAACAGAUUGGUUAGUGGUCCUGUUUAUAGGCCUUUUUAGCACUUUUAUCCCUGAAGUAACAAAGAAAAGAAGAAAGAGAGAGACAGAGGAAUAAGGGACACGGGAUUCUGUACCUAGCUUUGAAGUACUUCAUAUUUGUUGUUCGCCGUCGAGCAAGCUGGAAAUUAAAAUCAGCUUUUUUUGUUUUGUUUUAGUUAAUCCACUGUUAGCAGAGGCAUACAGAAAACUUCAUGACACAGAACGCGCUAGCUUGGCCAUGUCUAAGAUUGAAGAAGCUAUUGGUCUGUCGCCCAGUUCAGUGCGGCACAUUAUUGAUGACGUCGAGAAACAGGCUAAACAGGAGGAGGUUCAGUACGAGGACGAUAUGAGCAAAGAAAAGGCUGAUAUCAACAAAGAGAAGGGACUUCUUCAAAGUGAUAACGCCACUGAGCCCGAGGAAGCAAAGAAAAAGAUUGCAGAGGACGAAGCGAAGCUGCGAGACGAUAUCCAGAAAGAAAAUGGUGCAAAACUUGAAGUUGACAAGAUUAAGAAAAUUGAGAAAAUCUUGACCAUCAUCGAGGCAGCAAAGUAUUCAGCUAUGCAACGAGCAAAGAAUAAGAUGAAUAAGCUGAGAAUUGUGGAUGAUGGAACUGAAAAUGAGGAAAUUCGAAAGCGCGAUCUAGAAGAUCUUGAAAAGGACAUCAGACGACGGAGAAGGAACGAGAUAAAUAUUUGGCUAAAGGGAUCGAGGAAUCACAUUGACACAAGUCACUUUUUACGAAACCAUAUUGGUAGAUUAAGAUUAAGAAAGCAGGAAGAAGAAAAUUCAAGAAGAUGGAAUUCUGAGGACAAAAACCUUUCAGAGCAUUCUCAAGAUGGACAUCUAGGCAAAUCUGCAGUUGAUGACCUCACAAAGGAAGGCAAAUUACGCAAAUUAAGAUUUUUUAAAACACUCGUCUCCAACAAGAGGCUUGAUUCUGGAAACAAAUUUGCAGUGGAAAAGAGGACAGACAUUUCUAAAAAACCAGAGCAAUCUGCCAACACAUUCGUCAUGGCUAAAUUACUUCAAAAGAUGGACAAAAUAUUUAAAAUUCAAGAGGAUAUUUUGAAAUUCCUUAAAGCUGAGCACGAGAUACAUGAUCUUCAAAAGAAACCGGAAGUGAAAAGGUGGCGACGGAGUCUGCAUCAUUCCAAACACCACAAGAAGGUUCAUGAGGAAUUCACAAGAAGGAAGAGAAAAGCAAACUAA